UUUUUCAGUUCUCAGUUCGGUAGCGUGCGUUUGGCGCCGCAAUGUGGAGUUACGCGGCCCUCUUCAUCUACACGGCGGUAAUCGCCUUGUUAAUCGAAGCACUUCGUCGCGUCAUAAGUUCCCGACGCAAGACAUUCUCGUACUUCAAGGAAAUCGGUGUGGAUGGCCCACCACCAAACCUCAUUUGGGGAAACCUUUGGGAAUACCACAGAAAGGGAAUCAUACAUGCAAUCCACGAUUGGUGCGAAAAGUAUGGCGACGUCUUUGGAUUUUAUAAUGGUGACGUUCCCACUCUCGUUGUGAAGGACUUGGACUUUUUGUCGUACGUCUUCAUCAAGAACUUCUCAAACUUCAUGAAUCGAGGGGUGACAAUGAGGACUGACGAGCAACACGAAUUGCUUGGCCGGAGUCUCCUGCAUGCGCAAGGGCUCCAGUGGAAGCGGACGAGGAGUUGCGUAUCCUACGCGUUCACCGCGAGUAAAUUUAAGCAGGUCUUUCCUCACAUGGACAGGUCAUGCGAUCGCCUUCUCGAGGCGGUGAGGGAGAGGGCAAACAGCGGCAAGGAAGAAAGCGUGGGCGAUCUCUUCAAACCUCUGACCAUGGACUACAUCAGCGGGGCGAGCUUCGGCAUUCAGACCUCUUUCCAGGAAGAGAAGAACCACCCGCUUUUCUUGAUGGCCAAGAAGGUUCUUCCGGGCACCAUGACCGGCCCGUUCCACAUGAUCGCACAAGCAACAACAACGCUAAAGGAUCUGGUUGCACCACUGCUGUGGCUUAAUUCCAAACUGGGCUCCUUUACUUACGAUAAGUUCUCCAAACUCGCCUACAAAGCGGUGGAAGCGAGAAGAAAAAAUCCGUCGCCACGGAGCAUGGAUAUUCUGCAAAUCAUGUUGGAGGCUGAGACCGACGAGAACUUCGAAGGAACCGAAGUAAAGAAUGGACAAAUCAAGGUCCAGAAAAAGCUAACCCGAACGGAAGUGUCCGUUAACACUGGGGUGCUUCUCAUCGCAGGGUUUGGAACCACUUCUGCGGCACUGAGCAAUCUGAGCUUCGUCCUUGCCAAAUACCCCGAAGUGCAAGACAAGGUCAGAGAGGAGGUCAAUGCUGCCAUGAGGAAACACGGCCGCAUUAACUACGCCGCUGUCACCGAAGACCUCAAGUACCUCUCUAACGUCGUGGACGAGACUCUGCGUAUCUACCCCGUAGUCGUAGCGUUCAACACACGAUCGGCCUUAAACGACUUCGAGUAUGAAGGCGUCAAGUACAAGGCGGGACUGAGCAUCAUGUCCCCUACCAUCGAGAUACAAAAAGAUCCGAGAUUCUGGACGGAACCUGAAAAGUUUGAUCCGGACAGGUUCCUUCCGGAGAACGUGGCCUUGCAGCACACCAUGGCCUACCAGCCCUUCGGCCAGGGACCCCGCAAUUGCAUCGGCAAGAGGCUGGCGCUCCUUGAGACCAUCUACACGGCGGCACGGAUGGUGCACGAGUUCCGCUUCGAGCUUGGAGAGUCUCAGAAGGAAAAGAACGAAAUGAUGUUCUACUCCAUGGUCUGCGAGCCCAAAGAUGGACCCUGGAUCAAGUUCACCAAGAUCGCGGACUCGACGUCAUGAUUUGGCCUGUGUCUUCAUUGUUAGAGUGGCUGUAACGACACGCACACACACACACACACACAAGCGAAAUGUGGGGACAAAACUACGACUUCUUGCAAACGGACGUCUCUUUCUGGGUUCCGAGUGGAAUCGGAACUCUCUUUCGUCAAAUCCCCGUCCCAUCGAAUGACGGCAUUUUGUAUCGUGGACUGGGCCAGUAAUCAUUUGUUUGCUAUUCUAAGGCCAGAAGAAGAAGUUGUUCCCUGAGUAAUACAUAUAAAUAGUAAAUACAAUGAAGAAGCCACGGAAGGCACAAUAGCCUGGUGUAAGGUGUCUCUAGAAGACACUGGAGCCAUUAAAUGAGCUGCGCUUAGAGUAUCGGCACUCUGUUCCCCGACAUUGUUGUGGGCGCCACCAUUUUUGCUCGUAUGUAGAGCAGACGCAACUGCCGAUCGUUAUGAUACAAAAGUGCGACUUCCUCGGCAUUAGUUUCGGUGUCAGGAAGCUCACGUAAUAUUGCUCUGCUUUGUCGCGAACUGUUUAAACAUUUGUGGAGGACAGAAAAGCGUUUCCUGUGAUUUCAAAUAAAGCUCCAGAUAACAGACAACCAUCAUUUUAAGCACCAAGAUGUGUAUAAAGCGUAGCUUGUUUAGUGGCUCUAGUUUAGCUCGACCGCAGAGGCACAGAAAGAGAACGAGCAGCUUAACCUCGCGCUUUUGGCGCUGCUUCAGUGGCUUCAUCAGCCCGCAGCGUUUGCUGCGCUCCGAACUAAGGUAAAGCAAAGCAAAUAUUCAGAUCUUAGGGGAAGGUCAUGCAACAUUGCUUUGCUCUGUCGGGAGCUGUUUAAGCAUUUCUGGAGGGCGGAAAAGCGUUUUCUGUGAUUUCAGAUAAAGCUUCGGGUAACUGGCAACCAUGAUUUUAAGACACAAUAUGGCCAAGUGUCGGUGCUCUGAAGCGUAGCUUAUUUAGUGGCACUAGAAGACACCGCAGUACCUAUUGUUCAGCCAGAGCCAACGUUAUCACUGGACCAGGGGAGCAAUAAAAUAUCGUUUAAACGUGGA